UAUGGCGGUGGAUUUUCUUUUGUGAUGGUACUAUCAGUUGUGAAAGGGCUUGUGGUGGGCUUGUGUGGAGUAAGAGUUAUUACGAAGGUCAUGCUUUCUAAUACUGAAGACCCUCUACCAGUACAAUUAAUUAUAAAAGGAGUACAUAAAUCAUCUGCUCUUAUGACACUAGAUCUAAAAUCUAUACGAAUCAAUCUCAGUCUUCAAACCUGUAAUAAAGCAAUUGCUGCAUGCCGUGCUCAUCAUAACACAGGAACAGAAAUUGCAAUGAAAGUAUUAGCUCCAUAUAAUAAUACAAGUGAAACUUAUCUGACAUAUCUGCACAAUACAAGUAAGGAUAUAUGUAUAGAGCAACAGCUAAAAAUAUUGAUUGAACGAGAUGAUCAAGAAAAAAUACUUUAUUAUCAGCAUGGUGAUAUCUUAGCACCAGAAAAUAGCUUUGAACAUUAUUAUCAGUUAACUGUAAGUGAUGAACUAUGGCUUAAGCAAGGCUGUGAUUGUGGUCAUUUUUGUUUUGGAAUAGAUAGAAAAUAUGAUUUAAACAACGAAAAAGCCCCUGUUAUUGUCAUAGUCAUUGAAGAUCAAGCUGGUUAUGGAUCAUCAUUAGUAUUUAGUCUAUGUGAUAAAGAGAACCAUCACAUAAUACAAAUAGCUGUACAAGCUGUACAAGCAAAUAUUCCAUGUAGUGAUCCUAAUUGCUUGCAUCAAUACAAUUAUAUUAACUUAUUAGAUAGAAAGGAAUUUCGACGUCAACUUGAAUAUGCAUCUAACUGGUAUCCACUAGCUAGGAUAGACAAACAUCGAUCUACUAAACUUGCAUUGCAAGGUCUUGUUCGCAACACAAUUCUUUGUUGGUUUCACAUCAUGGCUACAUUAGGAGAAUAUUUAAGAAUAUGGAAAGUAGAUUGGUUAUUACGGUAUCCGAUAGCACUUGUCUUUAAAAUCAUAGACAACUUGAUACGUGAUUUAAAAAUGAACUGGAUUUGUGAUGAAUGGCAACAAAGCUUUAUUGAUGGAGGAAGAAUGCUGCAAGUGUAUGACCAAGCCAAUACUGUUGUAAAAUUUAUUGAGCGUCUAUAUGAAAUUAGAAUUUUUCAAGAAGCAUUAGUUCAGAAAGAACUUGGUGAAAUUAAUUUUGAUGCAGGCUUGGCAACAUACUGGAAUAUGUGCAUGAUCGAACAUAGGCAAAUGUUACCUAAAAAAUCAGUUAACAAAAAAUGCUGUAUAAAUCAGGGACAUCUUUAUGUUCUUCUUGGCUUGGUUUUACCAAUUCCGAAAAAAAUGAAUUAUAUGUUAGUUGAAAAACAAAGUAGAAGAUUUUGUUCACUAUAUAACUUCUAUCCUGUUAAUAUAUCAACGAGAAUAUCAGAAAAGCUAAAUGAUAUGAUUAUCAAAUUAGUUAAUAGAGAUAAUCUUCAUAUACCUGAAACACAUUAUCUUGUUAAUGUAAUAUCUGGAGAAUGCACAUGUUAUGACUAUAUUUGGAAUGGUCUUUUUCGUGACGUUUGCAAGCAUGUGCAUGCUGCACGAUUGUAUAUAGAAGUCUUAUAUGGAAAAAUAUAUAUACAAGAAAUCAAAGAAAGGCUAGUAAAACAUUUUAAAAAUAAAGAACGUACAGUUGCACCUGAAAAAAAAAAUUAUAUUAUUCACAAUAGUUAUAAACGAAUUAUAAUAGCAAAGGAUCCUUUCCAUCCAAUAGAUAAUAAACCAAUUCUCAUAACAAGUGGAGCACCUAAAAAUAAUGGUACAAAACUUCGUAAGAAUAGUCAAAUUUUUUAUUCUAAUAAUAUACAGUUUAAUAAAACAGAAAAUACCUAUAUAAAUAAGGUCAAUCAAGAGCAUAAUAGUUUUGACAAUUCAAUACUUUUUGAAGUUCCAAUUGAUUUUAAUGAGCAAGAGCAUAAUAGUUUUGAUGAAUUUCUAAUUGAUUGUAAUAAUCAAGAGUAUAAUAGUUUUGACAAUUCAAUACUUUCCGAAGUUCCAAUUGAUUAUAAUGAAAGUGCUUCAAGGUUUGUAAAUCCUCACUCUAUUUGCAGGCGCAAUACCACUAGAACUCGAAAUAAACGUCAAAAUAGCUCUCAGACUCCAAAUAAUAAACAAAGAAAUGAUGCUACUUUCACUAUAAAAAAGUCACUGGAAGAACUUUUUCUUGAAAAAGAAUAUAUGUGGAAUCCACAAGCAUUUACAAAUGCAGCCUUGGCUAAAAGAUUGCGAUUGGAUGAUAAUCCAGCUGAAAAUGGUGUGAAAUUAUAUAGAUGGAUAAGUAAUAGAAAGGUUCGAGCAAAGAAUGGAAAAGAAAAUUCAAACUAG